AUGGCGCGGUACGAAGGAUACACUACAAACCUUGACUUUACUGCCAUGAAGUCGACGACCAUGGUCGUGCCAACGACGGUGCACGCCACCGUGACGGCCCACACCAUGGUGGACGGCGACGUGAUGGGCUCGCGCGCGCGCGCCAUCGAGUGGAACGAGUCGUACCCGCUGCUGUGCCUGGCGCUCGUCGUGCUCGCCGUGCUCGCCAUGCUGGUGUACAUGCUGAGCUCGGCGCGCCACCACCAGCCCUCCCGGCCGGACGGGUCCGCGUACCAAGUGUGUCGCACCGAGGAGUGCCUGCGCUACGCGCGCCUCCUCAACGGCUCGACGGCGCACGACCCGUGCGACGAUUUCUACCUGCACGUCUGCCACGGCGCCAUGGUGGCCGCGCAGAAGCACGCCUCCCGGCCGCCGCCUGCCGCCAGGAACGCGCCGGACCGAGUGUCUCUGCUGAUGCCUCUGCUGGAGCAGACGAUCGCCAAGAACGUGCCCCGCGAGGGCGAGGCCCAGAGCGCCUUGCAGAAGGCAGCCGCCUACUUCGUCUCGUGCCACGAGUUCGCCGGCACCAACAUCAGCGCCGUCGGUCUCGAACAGCUCAGGUCCUUGCUGGAUCGAGGCGGCUUCGCGUGGCCUCACCGGAGUGACGUGGCCGACGCCGGCGCCCUGUUCGCGCGACUGCUGGCUGCCUCCAACCACGUGGGCCUCCCCGCGCUCGUCAGCGUCGAGACCUCACCGCUUCGCCUGGCCCCGUCCGCGCUACUUGGGGAGCACAGACUGCGGCUCAAGUUCAUGGGACGGUGGCGCUUUCGCGACUACUACCACCUGCUCGCCAGCAUGCUGGCCCGCCCCUCGCGCUCCAAAUGGAGCCUACGCGAUUCCUUCACAUGCCUGACCGCGCUUCCACAUCCUCUCCAGAGUGACUCCAGUCGCGAGUCAUUCAGCGACUUCGAGGAGAUGCACAGCGUGGCCGACAAGCACCUCGAGCCUUACCUCGAGGUCGGAGCGCCUGAGGCCCUGCGGGAGGAGGUGAUCACGUGGAACGGCACAGCGGACGACGCCGAACGGCGCCUGCCGGAGUCCUGGAAGCGAGCGUUGGCCGCCUACUUGCUCAGCACCGGACGCGGCGAUACCUCGUCUACGGGCGGCGGCGAAGCGGCGUGGACGUUGGUGGUGCAGCCGCCGGGCUACCUGUCCGCCCUGACGUCACUCGUCGAGGCCGUUGGCGCGCAGAGGGCGCAGCUGUACGCAGGCUGGAUGCUGGUGCAGCACGUGGCGCCGCUGCUGAGCGCCCAGCUGGCCGACCUGCUCUUCAGCGGUUGGGAGGUUGGCGACGAGCUCGUGCACAGGCUCUGCCUCGAACACCUCGACGUCACCAUGGGCUGGGCCGUCUUGGCGCACGACGCGCACGCGCUCGCCGCGCCCGCCCUGCGCCAGGACGUGCGGCACUUGGCAGAGCACGUGACGAACCUCACAGCGGAACGGCUUGGAAGACAGGAGGGUUCCCUGAGCGACGCCGUGUCGGAGCAACUGUUCGGCCUGGCGGACCUGCUGCCCACCGAGGAGGCCGUUAACGCGGCGUACGCCCCGUACGCCGACAUGCGCCCUGACGCCUUCCUCGACAACUGGCUGCUCGCGAUCGACGGCCGACGGCGACAACAGCGAGGCGAACUGGCGGCCGCCACGGGCGCCUCGCACCUGGCGCGGCUCGUCGAGGCACCUUUCUUCGACCUGGGCCUCGAGUGGCUGUCGCUCGCCGGAGGCAACGACAGCUCUUCCGCUUGCCGAAGGGGGCUCGUGGUGCGCUUACACCACAUCGCGUUUCCCAUGUACAGCGUCAACGUCACCGACGCCCUCAGAUACGGCACCCUCGGCGCACAGUUUGCCUGGGCCCUGCUCACUCGGUUCUCGGCCGACGAGCUGGCCAGUGCCGUGCCGUCCGAAACCGGUUGCCGCAGCACUUGGGCUGGCAAGGGCUGGCUGCACCGGAUACGCCUGGUGCGCGAGCUACAGCUACGCGCUCUCGCCGACGCUCGCGGUUCGCGCGUCGAGCAGCGGCUCGCGGGCCUCGAGCACCUCUCCGAGCAGGCGCUGCUGUUCGCCGUCGGCUGCCUGCUGCUGUGCGACGGGGACCCCUCGGAGCAGCUGGUGGCGCUCUGCAACGAGCCGCUCGCCGGAGACGCGCGCUUCGCCGAGGCGUUCGACUGCCCGCAGGGAAGCGCCAUGACGGGAACACAGCACGCGUGCUCGGACAUUCAAAACGGCGGGACUUGACGGACUCGAAUCGCACGGGCCACUGAAUGCGUUCUGCGCAGCUCUCGAAUACUUUCGACGAGCCUACUUUAUUCUAUCCGGCUGCAACGUAAUAGUACCUUCUUCUGCACCUAUUGUGGAUGAAAAGGAGCGUUAGCAAUACGGUGGUAGAAAUACGUGUUUGUGCAUAUUUUUUGUUAGAAAUGCUAUUUUACAUGGAAAGCACGAACUGGGAUGCUGCAAUCAGCAGUGAGCUAUUGCUGAUUGCGCAAGUGAUAACUUGGACGUAGCUUCGCGUGCGUGGGAGGGCAUUCGCUAUCAAUGCCGACACUGUGUAUCGCUCAGGCAGGACGACGCGAUCGCGCUGUCGUCCCAGUUACUUGAGCCAGAGGGAGCAAUAUAUUUCAAUAUUCUCUGU